UAUUGCAUUUUAUUAAAAGGGUUUCAAUUGAAAAGUGCUUGUCAUCUCUCUAUUGUUAUUUUUGCUGAACUCCAUUCAGUAAAGCGACUCACUCUGAACCCACGCUCACUGCUCUUCUGUUUCAGAUUGACAAUGUGCAGAGUCUCAUGCAGUGCCCCAGCGUGCUUGUCUGUGUGGGACGGGAGCCUUCUCACCAGUCCAUUGUGGAGAAUUUUCGGACAACAUCUGAUGACAAACGUUUGGGUGUGAGGCUUCCCUCCAGCGGCUGCAAAGAGGAAAUCACAGGACCUCCAACAAAGAAAAGUGCCACCAAUCAACAACUGGAAACGGACCGAUCUGCCAGGAAACCGGUGCCAUGUGACAAGUCAUUACCAGAUGGAGCCGACUCUCCGGAUAACGUGGACUCCCUCCCGCACAUUGGUGAUGUAUUGAGAGACGACGAUAUAGAGAAACGGGUUCGUGUUAAUAAAGACGGCAGCCUGUCUAUGGAAAUGAAAGUGCGCUUCCGCCUUCAAAAUGACGAAACAAUACAUUGGUCGACAGAAGUGAGAAAGACAGCCGGCGGCACCUGUGAGUUCCUACAGAGACACGAAAUCCCCUGUUUUGAACAAGUCAGCGACAUGAGCCAUUCAGAAUGUGAGAACACCUCUGCUGGUGAGCACGAUGUGGCUUACACCACGAGGCGCUAUCAAGGACACACAGGGGAGCCUCACUGUCCCAGCCGCAACCUCCCAGGGACCCAAGGGGCGACUCGCCGGAUUCGAACUUCCAGCUCAAGCGCAUCCUCGCAUACGAUGGUCUCUAGGAAGACAGUGGUAGAACGGCAAAACAGCGGAGAGCACACAGCAGAGCAUAUAGAGCAGGUGGUGCAGAGAGAGACCUGUGUGGAGCAGACCGCUGAAUCAGAUGAAAUUGUCGAGUACUGCACCGUCAGAAGUGGUACUUGCUCGGCAAAGUGCAAGGUGCAGUCCUCCGCAGCGGACGACUGUGAGGUGUGUGUCGGCAGUCCCCCAAGUGAUCAGGUCGAAGUCAAAACUACUGACACGCAAGAGCAAAUAUAUCAAACAGAAUCUGCUUCUAGUGCUUCCUCUGAAGUUUUGACUGAAAAUGAGCAGAAUCACGAGGAGAGCGCUUUAAGAGCAUCUUCUCAGAGUAGUAAAGCUGAAAGGGGAAAGACUACUGGAGGUGCAGAUUCAGAUACAGCAUCUUCACUACCACAUUCAUCCCUGAGCCCUACGGAUAGGACCUCCGAUGCUUCAGGGCACUCGGGCAAGUCAAGAAAAUCCAGAAAAACACACACUUGCAUUUGUGGAGUGUCCAAAGAUCUCGUUGAUGACUCAAAGCGGGAAGUCGGUGCCCGAUCUGAUGUGGAAGUUGAUAUAGAAAGAGAUCAACCGAGUGCCAUGUCCGUCAAGUCAAAUACCUCUGGGAGAUCCAAUGAAUCUGAGGAAAUACAGAAGACAGAGUCUGACGACUCAGAGGAGAAAAGAUCCAAAAGUGCCAUGUCAGUUCGUUCAAAUGCCUCCAGAAAAUCCAAUGUUUCAGUAGUCAAAGCUGAAGAAACGCAAGCACACAAUGACAAUGUUUCUGAAGUAUCUAACAGGACUUCAGAAAGAGCACCAAGCGCUGUGUCAGUCAGAUCAGAAAAAUCCAAUGUUUCUGCCACAUUGAUAAGAUCAAAGGUUUCUGAGGAUAGAGUCGCUGAGGAGGAGAGGGAAGGCGGGUCAAUGAGCUCCAUGUCAGCAUCAGAGUCAGUUCAAUCAAACAUGUCUGUGGGAUCAAAUAGGUCGAAAUGUUCUACUCAUGUUCCAGUUGAAGAAAGCUCUGAGGAGGAAAAUGUCAAAGAGCAAACUGAGGAUGAAGCAGCUCGUUGUCUGUCAGUAGAAUCAGUCCAGUCACAUGUUUCUGGAAUAUCAACAAAGUCUGCAAAGAGAGCUUCAAGUGCUUUGUCAGCUAAAUCAGCAAAGUCACACAUUUCUACUAAUUCAGUAAAGUCAAAAGCAUCCCAGGCUCUAUCCAUGAAAACUAAUGGAACUCCUGAUGAUUGUGAUGAUGAAGAGGAGGCUCCAGACAGAGCCCUGAGUGCCAUGUCAACCAAAACCGCAAAGUCAACAAUUUCUGCUAGAUCUACUAAGUCAACAGGACUGAAUGGACCUGAUGAGGAAAAUGUAUCUGAUAACGAAGAAGAUGCAGAAAGAGCUCCAAGUAUCAUAUCAAUCAGAUCAGCAAAGUCAACAAAGUCAAAUGUUUCUACAGCAUCUAGAAGAACCCAUGUUUCUGACGUGCCUUCAGAAGAAGGUGUUGACCAUUGUGAGGAAACAAUGGUUGAAGGAGACGGAGAAGAAAGAGCAAGAAGCUCAAUGUCUGUCCAGUCAGUUCAAUCAAACCUUUCUGCAAGAUCAAAUAGGUCAAAAUGUUCUGCUCAUGUUCCAGCUGAAGAAAGCUCUCAGGGUCCUGAUGAAGAAAAUGAUGAAGAGCAAACAGAAGAAAGAACAACAAGCAGCUUGUCAAAAACAUCAGUCAAGUCACAUGUGUCUGAAAUAUCUAUAAAGUCUGCAGAGAGAGCACCAAGUGCUUUAUCAGCUAAAUCAGCUAAAUCACACGUUUCUACAAAAUCAGCAAAGUCACAUGUUUCCACACGGUCUACAAAAUCAAAAUGUUCUGAAGUUCCCUCUGCCAAUACUGACGGCAUUACUGGUGAAGAAGAUGAUGAAGAGGAGGCUCCAGAGAGAUCACUGAGUGCCAUGUCUACAAAAACCGCAAAGUCAACAAUUUCUGCUCGAUCUACUAAGUCAACAGGACUGAAUGGACCUGAUGAGGAAAAUGUAUCUGAUAACGAAGAAGAUGAAGAAAGAGCUCCAAGUAUCAUAUCAAUCAGAUCAGCAAAGUCAACAAAGUCAAAUGUUUCUACAGCAUCUAGCAGAACCCAUGUUUCUGACGUGCCUUUGGAAGAAGGUGUUGACCAUUGUGAGGAAACAGUGGUUGAAGGAGACGGAGAAGAAAGAGCAAGAAGCUCAAUGUCUGUCCAGUCAGUUCAAUCAAACCUUUCUGCAAAUGAUGAAGCGCAAACAGAAGAAAGAACAACAAGCAGCUUGUCAAAAACAUCAGUCAAGUCACAUGUGUCUGAAAUGUCUUUAAAGUCUGCAGAGAGAGCACCAAGUGCUUUAUCAGCUAAAUCAGCUAAAUCACACAUUUCGACAAAAUCAGCAAAGUCACAUGUUUCCACACGGUCUACAAAAUCAAAAUGUUCUGAAGUUCCCUCUGCCAAUACUGACGGCAUUACUGGUGAAGAAGAUGAUGAAGAGGAGGCUCCAGAGAGAUCACUGAGUGCCAUGUCUACAAAAACCGCAAAGUCAACAAUUUCUGCUCGAUCUACUAAGUCAACAGGACUGAAUGGACCUGAUGAGGAAAAUGUAUCUGAUAACGAAGAAGAUGAAGAAAGAGCUCCAAGUAUCAUAUCAAUCAGAUCAGCAAAGUCAACAAAGUCAAAUGUUUCUACAGCAUCUAGAAGAACCCAUGUUUCUGAAGUUCCCUUGGAAGAAGGUGUUGACCAUUGUGAGGAAACAGUGGUUGAAGGAGACGGAGAAGAAAGAGCAAGAAGCUCAAUGUCUGUCCAGUCAGUUCAAUCAAACAUUUCUGCAAGAUCAAAUAGGUCAAAAUGUUCUGCUCAUGUUCCAGCUGAAGAAAGCUCUCAGGGUCCUGAUGAAGAAAAUGAUGAAGAGCAAACAGAAGAAAGAACAACAAGCAGCUUGUCAAAAACAUCAGUCAAGUCACAUGUGUCUGAAAUAUCUAUAAAGUCUGCAGAGAGAGCACCAAGUGCUUUAUCAGCUAAAUCAGCUAAAUCACACGUUUCUACAAAAUCAGCAAAGUCACAUGUUUCCACAACGUCAACAAAAUCAAAAUGUUCUGAAGUUCCCUCUGCCAAUACUGAUAGCAUUACUGGUGCAGAAGAUGAUGAAGAGGAGGCUCCAGACAGAGCUCUGAGUGCCAUGUCUACAAAAACCGCAAAGUCAACAAUUUCUGCUCGAUCUACUAAGUCAACAGGACUGAAUGGACCUGAUGAGGAAAAUGUAUCUGAUAACGAAGAAGAUGAAGAAAGAGCUCCAAGUAUCAUAUCAAUCAGAUCAGCAAAGUCAACAAAGUCAAAUGUUUCUACAGCAUCUAGAAGAACCCAUGUUUCUGAAGUUCCCUUGGAAGAAGGUGUUGACCAUUGUGAGGAAACAGUGGUUGAAGGAGACGGAGAAGAAAGAGCAAGAAGCUCAAUGUCUGUCCAGUCAGUUCAAUCAAACAUUUCUGCAAAUGAUGAAGCGCAAACAGAAGAAAGAACAACAAGCAGCUUGUCAAAAACAUCAGUCAAGUCACAUGUGUCUGAAAUAUCUAUAAAGUCUGCAGAGAGAGCACCAAGUGCUUUAUCAGCUAAAUCAGCUAAAUCACACGUUUCUACAAAAUCAGCAAAGACACAUGUUUCCACAACGUCUACAAAAUCAAAAUGUUCUGAGCUUCCCUCUGCCAAUACUGACGGCAUUACUGGUGAAGAAGAUGAUGAAGACGAAGCUCCAGAGAGAGCCCUGAGUGCCAUGUCUACAAAAACCGCAAAGUCAACAAUUUCUGCUAAAUCUACAAAGUCGAGAGGACUGAACGGACCAGAACAUGCAGAGAGAGCUCCAAGUAACAUAUCAGUCAGAUCUGCAAGGAGAGGCUGA